CGGAUCGCGAUGCUCGCUUGUUAUGACGCUGGCACGGCCUCCCGGGAUGCGAUGCACGAAUGCACGUGCUGCUGUUGCUCGGGCUCGGAACGCGGCCGCGCUGUUCUAUGCGGGUAGCGAUGCAGGUGGUUGUUGUGAUGCGGGGAGUUUGUGCUUGAAACUUGUUGAACCCGAGAUUGAUCCGAACUGUCAGUUGGGGUGCAUGGACUUAUUUUAGAGGAUGAUAUGAGACAACUACAUGGUAAUGUUGAAGAGACAUUUUCGAAUAGUUAGUUUUGAAAUGGAGUUGUUCAAAAAGAGCAUAAGAAUGUAUGCAGGAGAUAUAGCAAAAAAACGGGAAACCGGGACUGGAUUUAAAAAUGAAGAACAUAUUUGUGUAUGCCGUUUUGGGACAAUAUUUUGGUGAUAAGGUUAAAGUGAACAUUUGUGACCGUGACGUCUACUGAGAGGAAGGAUCCAAUAGAAACGAGC